AUGCAAGUAUUUGUGGCGGAUACGGUCCAACGCCACCCAAGAAUGCACCUGAAUGGGAAGCAUGGAACAAAAAAAAGAUAUGAUUCUGUGAGUUUGCAGAAGUUUAGUCUUUGCUAUUGCUUAGAGCCUAAGAUUCUGAACCAUUCCAACCCUGCAUGUGAGCUGAACAAGUUCGACGAUAUGAUGCGAUUUCUACACGAACGAGUGGCCAUGUUUGGACAGGUCCUUGUAGUUGAUGAGCAAUUUGAAGUGCUCUACCGGGCCUGGUGCGUAGCUGAAGUCAUGGAGGCAAACUUCUUGGACAUUCCAACAAGAGUCAAAGUCCUUUCGCAGGAUGCAGUGGAUUGCAACUAUGAUCGGCUCUCAACGCUGGACGUGAGGGACUGUUCCGCUUCCUCCGCUGGUGACAAAGACUUGAUCUUGCAGAAGAUUUCAGAUGUGGACGCCUUCAACUUGAAGCUGCAACAGUCACCAAGCCUUACAGAGUUAAAUUGGUGUUCUCUUUGA